UAGUUUGCGGUGACGAUUCGAUUAUUUAAUAGACGAAGAAACAUAAUAACAUAUUGCAACACACUUCCGAGAGUACAUUUAAUGCAUUUUGUGUGUUAGAGACUAAUAAGAGUGAUUAUAAAUACAUAAUCUAAUCAUAGUAUACGAGUAUUUACAAGGAACGUUCAUCGUUGUGGAUAAGUCAUGGGGUUUCUUGUAUGCAGCAAAGAUCGUUCAGAAUCUUUGAAAAUAUUACAGGAUAGUGAAGCACUCAUUAUCCAACCACAUAUUCAGAAAAUACCAGAGGAAAAAGGGAUGUUAGAAAACAUGUAUUAUGAAGAGGCAAGCAGGAAAAUUAAUACAGCCACAUUGUACUCGUGUUCUACUGCUGAGCCAGUCAAGCGCUAUAACAGACAAAAUUCCAUGGUUGCACAAGUUGAGGAUGGACAACUUAAAUACUGGUUGAAAAAUAAUGGAAAGAUUGAACCUACAGUUUCACACCAAAGAUUAUGGACAGAUUAUGGACUAGGUCAUUUAACCAACGAUCCAAUUCUUCAACAACCACAUGAUAACUUGCAUUCCACUGUCACAGAACCUGUUCUUCCAGCAGAUCCAGUGCCUGCAGCAGAUCCCAAUGAUGUUUCUAUAGAUCUAAAUCCAAUAUUAUAUGUUUUCUCUAAUGGUCUAAAUCUACAGGAUAUAAUCAAUCUUAAUAGAAAUAUGAGACGUGAUAUAAUGGAACAAUUUUCAUUCGAAGAAGAUCUGGACAUUAGAACACUGAUCCAGAUUCCUGAAACUGCUCAAAUUGAAGAUCAAUUGGUAUGUAUGUCUUGCGUUAAUGAAAGCGAAGAAAAAUACAUUGUGUUACCAUGUGGCCAUGCAUGGUUGUGUAUCGAAUGUGUCAGACAGUUGCAACAGGAAAAUCAAAUGUUUUGUCCUAUGUGCCAUAUUAGAAACGUUGUAUUUCAAAGAAUGUUCUUUCUUUAAAAUAUGCCUGUAUUUUUAUUUAUUGUAAAAAUAAGAAAUAUUUCAACUAGUUACCUGCUUUUUCCAGUCAUAUAUGUACCUAAAAUGAAGUACAAUGUAAUUAUGAUAAAUAAAUGUUUUUCUAUUUUGA